CGAUCCGCCCAGUUGAAGGUCUGGCGAUGGUGGCAGCUGCAGGCUGCUGUUCCAGCCGGCGUACUCGACCCAAGCAGCGGGUACAGGCAUUCACGGAUGGCGUCGCCACAGCAAAGGCACAGCAAGAGGCAGCAGAAGCAGAACGUCAGCGGCUUGCCCAAGAGGCCGCAGCCCAAGCUCAGCGGACUGCUGAGGCUGACGCAACGGCUCAAGACAAGCGGAAUGAGUCCUUGAUUCAGAAUGAGAGUCAGUGGACAGCACUACUCCAAGGCAUGAUCUUUGUGCCUACGGACGAGCAGGCAGAUCCAACACCGGCGGAGGCAGAAAGGAGUAACCUGGCUAACUUGAUGCUGUGUAUGAUGAGGGCAGUAAUGUGGAACAAUACGAUGCAGAUUGUGCACGCGCAAACUGGACGGCAGCUGAGACAGACUCAGCAGAGAGAAUCUGCAACUUUGACACCCGCCAUCCGCGCAGCAGCACAACAUCAGCAACAACAGCAACAGCUGUUGGCAUCCACUAUCACACGCGUCAACAACAUUGAGGCUAAGCCCUCAGCAGCGCCAGGCUGCACGACGGACAUAGCGAAGCAGCUCGGAAAGCGCAUCAACCAUGUCGUCACCAUCAUCGGCGACCUGGGUGACUUUACCAGUCCGGCCACGAUCAGCAGCACGGUGGUUGCCAUCAAGACGGACAUCACCGAACUGCAGUCACGACGGGAAGCCGCUGCGAAGACAUUCAAGAUGCCACGCUUCAACAUCGCCAAGUUCGACGACUACAACAAAACGGAUGCGUUAGCAUGGUGGCAAGUCUUCGUCACCGAAGCUGCCUGCCACCCCGUACCAGACGACCUGAUGAUGAGAGCACUCUACCUCCAACUCGUUGGAGGACCACAGACAUUCAUGAACCACACGGCGGCCAAUCUGGGAACCACCAUCGUCGAUUUGCACAAACACAUCACGUGGAAGCAGCUUGAGCAAAUGUGGCACACUCGAUUCAUGGUCCGAAAUGUAGUGAAGGCGGCCAUGAACGAGGUCUACUCUAGCUCGCAAGGGAACAUGUCAACACGAGACUGGACGAUCAAGAUCCGCGACGACAUAGCUUGGAAUGAUGUAGAGGAGAUUGACGUUGUUUUCCUACAUGCCCUCCCCUCGACAGACGGACCAGCUGCGUCGCCGUCUGACCCACACAUUACUCACCUCUUAGAUGGAUAUGGAGUCGUCUUCGAGGCUCCCACCGGAACGGUUCCGAAUCGGCCCAUACGUCACGGGAUUACUCUCGAGGCGGGUGCCGUCCCUCCGCGUGGAUGCAUUUCCCGCAUGAGCGAAGAGGAACUCGAGGUGCUUCGUGCACAACUCGGCGACCUUCUCGACAAAGGCUGGAUUCGCCCUAAUUGUUCGCCAUACGGUGCACCGGUUCUCUUCUUUCGGAAGAAGAACAAGGACCUACGAUUGUGCAUCGAUUAUAGAAAACUUAACACACAAACCGUAAAGAACGUCGACCCUCUCCCUCGGAUUGAUGAUCUCCUUGAGCGGUUGGGCGGCGCGACGUACUUCUCGAAGUUGGACUGGAAGUCGGGUUGCCACCAGAUCGAAAUCCAGCCUCAAGGUCGGUACAAGACCGCCUUCAAAACGCGGUAUGCGCAUUUUGAGUGGGUCGUGAUGCCAUUUGGACCCACCAAUGCCCCGACAACCUUCCAAGCAGCCAUGACAAUGGAAUUCCGAGACUUGCUCGAUCGUACCGUCCUCAUCUACCUCAAUGAUAUCUUGGUCUAUAGUCGAAUGCUGGACGAGCACCUCGUACACCUUCGUCCGUUUUUCGAUCGUUUGCGAGCAGCCAAGUACAAAGCAAAUCGCAACAAGUGCGAGUUUGCCAAGCAAGAGCUCGAGUACAUAGGCCAUUAUGUGACGCCGAAAGGCAUUCGUCCCUUAGCGGACAAGAUUCAAGCCAUCGCGGAUUGGCCGGAACCCCGUUGCACGACGGACAUACGCUCUUUCAUGGGUUUGGCUGGAUACUAUCAGCGCUUCGUCGAGUCUUAUUCCAAAGUGGCAGCUCCUUUAUCGAGACUUCAGUCCCCGAAGGUACCAUUCGAGUUCGACGACGCAGCUCGUGGCACAUUCAAUACGUUGAAGGCGGCGAUGCAAGCCGCGCCUACCCUCCACGAGUGCGAGGCUGCUUUCAGACAUCUGAAGCAUGCGUUGAUGCACUAUGAGGUCUUGAAACUUCCCGAUCCUGACAAGCCAUUUGUGGUUACCACGGAUGCUAGCCCAUAUGGCAUUGGCGCCGUGCUUGCGCAGCAGGAGGGGCCAAAGUUGAGGCCAAUGGAGUACAUGUCUAAGAAAAUGUCGUUUCAGAAGUCGGCAAAAUCAACCUAUGAGAAGGAGCUCUAUGCGGUGUACAAGGCUCUGACCCAUUGGAGGCACUACCUCCUUGGGAGGGAUGUCCGAUUCACUAGUGAGUUGUGGAAGGCCGCUACAGUGGAGCAGGGAACCCAGUUGCAGAUGACUUCUGGGAACCACCCAGAGGCCAACGGCCAGGCCGAGCAACUGAACCGCGUUGUACAACACCUGUUGAGGCAUUACAUCAAGCCCAACCAGGUGGACUGGGAUGAGAAACUGGCUCUCAUCGCCAGUUUGUACAACAAUGCUAUACACAGCGCUACCGGAGUGAGCCCAAACAGCUUACUGUUGACUUUCAAGCCUAGACUUCCCUUAGACUUCCUUCUUCCUGAGAAUCAGCCAACUGCUGCACCAGGUACCUUAGAAUUUGCCUAUCGGUAUGAACAGAAAAUGCAGCAGGCGAUAGAACAAAUGCAGAAGGCACAGGCGGCAAUGAUAGAGUCUGAGAAUAAACACCGCCGCCCUUCUACGUUUCAGGUUGGGGACAGAGUCUGGGUAAAGUCCUCAGAACUGGGACAGGAGUACGGGAUUUCCCGCAAACUUAUGCCUCAGUACUUUGGGCCUUGGGAAGUCUUAGAUGUCGUUGGGACUGAUCCGGAUGGGCCAUCUUAUGUAGUUCGGAUCCCUGGUCAUCUUCGCACUUACCUUGUCUUUCACGCCUCCAAACUUGCACCUUUCAAGGAAACAGAUGAGUUUCCUUCUCGUCGCUCAAUGCUGCCCCCAACCAUGGAUGGAGAAGUUGAUAUUGAUGACAUAGUGGACCACAGGGAGCUGCCAGUUCCGAGACCCACAGGCAGGGGACGUCCUCCGAAGCCGAAGCUGCAGUACUGCGUUCGGUUCCGACAUCAUACUGAUCCAAAGGAGGACCGCUGGUUCACCCUGGAGGAACUCAUGCAGACCGCUCCUCAAGUCGUAGCACACUACGAGAAAUCUCUGCAGAAGGGAAAGCGCCAGGUUCUCCUAACGGACUACCUAAGGUGCCUACCUACAGAGGUAAGGACCAAGCUGGUUGACGAGGCCUAUAUCGACCAGCACACUUUUGCUUCUUUUAGUAAGAAAGCACUGGACAUAGAGGCAAAGCUAGGAUCUGCGCAUAAGGCAUCCAAUGAUGGCAGGAAGAGACUGCCCCAAGACUGGAAGAAAAAGGGUCAGUUAAUGUUCGUUGACCACGAUGGUCAAACGACGGAGAUUGACGACUACUCAGAUCUUGGGGAGUUCACAGAGCACGAUGGGGGUGGUGAAACUUCAGAUGGUGGAGUCGUGGCACCCAUCAAGGAAAAGGCUAGGGGGACCGGGAAGAAGAAGGUAGUACGGUCCACGGGUCAGGGCGACCAAGGAACACCCGCAUGGGUGAAAAUUGGUUUAGAAUACGAGGUGUGGCGUGACCUCGUUGCUAGGGGUACAUGCAUGAGUUGUGGCAACUUUGGCCACAUCCAGGACUUGCCGCGGCAAGAAAGUCACAACGAAGGUAGCUUCACCAACGGUGGUGGGCUUACCUUCGAACCCUGGGAGUGCUUCUGCGAGCAGCUCACAGGGACACACCUCGGGCCAGUAGGAGUGUUAGCCGCUCUUACUCGCGCUGAAGUGCUCUUGGACGAGUAUAGAGACGUCUUCGAGGCUCCCACCGGAACGGUUCCGGAUCGGCCCAUACGUCACGGGAUCACUCUCGAGGCUGGCGUCGUCCCUCCGUGUGGAUGUAUCUACCGCAUGAGCGAAGAGGAACUUGAGGUGCUUCGCGCACAACUCGAUGAUCUUCUCAACAAGGGUUGGAUUCGCCCUAGUUGCUCGCCAUACGGUGCACCUGUUCUCUUCGUCCGGAAGAAGAACAAAGAUCUACGGUUAUGCAUCGACUAUUGGAAACUUAACUCACAAACCGUAAAGAACGCCGACCCUCUCCCUCGGAUUGAUGAUCUCCUUGAGCGGUUAGGCGGCGCGACGUUCUUCUCGAAGUUGGAUUUGAAGUCAGGUUACCACCAGAUUGAAAUCCAGCCUCAAGACCGGUACAAGACCGCGUUCAAGACGCGGUACGGGCAUUUUGAGUGGGUCGUCAUGCCAUUUGGACUCACCAAUGCCCCCGCAACGUUUCAAGCAGUAAUAACGACUGAGUUUCGCGACUUCCUCGAUCGCAGCGUCUUUAUCUACCUUGAUGAUAUCUUGGUUUAUAGUAGGAUGUUGGACGAGCACAUCGUACACCUUCGCGUUGUUUUGAAUCGUUUGCGACUAGCCAAGUACAAAGCGAAUCUCGACAAGUGCGAAUUCGCCAGGCAAGAGCUUGAGUACUUGGGCCAUUUUGUCACGCCGAAAGGCAUUCGUCCCUUAGCGGACAAGAUCCAAGCCAUCGUGGAUUGGCCGGAACCCCGUUGCACGACGGAUGUACGCUCUUUCAUGGGUUUGGCUGGAUAUUAUCAGCGUUUCGUCGAGUCAUACUCGAAAGUGGCCGCUCCUUUGUCGAGACUUCAGUCCCCGAAGGUGCCCUUCGAGUUCGACGACGCAGCCCGUGGCGCGUUCAGUACGUUGAAGGCAGCAAUGCAAGCCGCACCUGGCCUCCGUAUAUACGACCCCACCCUACCCACCCAAGUGACUACGGACGCUUCGGGAUACGGUAUUGGUGCGGUGUUUGAACAGUGUCACGAGGACGGUUGGCAUCCGGUUGAGUAUUUCUCCCAAAAGGUGCCUCUCGUCAACACUCUCGACGACGCUAGGAAGAAAGAGCUACUCGCGUUCGUCACYGUUCUCAAACGGUGGCGCCACUUUCUUCUCGGCCGKCGRCGUUUCAAAUGGAAUACGGACAACAAUCCGUUGACCUUUUAUAAAACGCAAGACACGGUCACUAGCACGAUUGGUCGAUGGAUGUAUUACAUCGACCAGUUCGAUUUUGACACGUGCCACAUUCCCGGUCCGGCCAAUCGAGCUGCGGACGCCCUCUCACGACGGCCCGACUUUUGUGCCAUUGUGACCACGGCAUUCGACCCCGACGACGAUCUGCAGCAGCAUUUUGUCAAAGGCUACAAGUCCGAUCCGACUUACUCUCAGCUUUACGCGGAGCUUUCAUCGGAUCACCCACCGGCUAGCCACUAUCGGAUUUCCGACGGGUUCCUUCUCCUUCACACGAGAGGAAAGGACUUGUUAGUUGCACCGCAAACAAUCAUUGAAGAAAUGGUGGGGCCAGCCCAAGCUAGAGAGCGGAAGAAACGUUAUGUAGGCGGACAUGCGCACCCAGGAAGCCCAUAUGUUGGUGGUUGGGGUUCAACUGAUAUGGACCAGAGCUAUCCUGAUCCCAUUCCAAUUGUCGGCAUUGCACGCUCUUCCAAGGGGUAUGUCUUGGUGUCUGUGUUGGGUGAUAUGAGAGUCUACACUUAUGAAGAUGGCCUGACAGAAGAGGGGUUGGUCACACACCUGCGGACACGUCAACACCUGCAACCCAUCCAUAUGCAUGCUUCCAUGCGCGACACGAAUCUUGGUAAGCCAGUCUUCAAUCCGUCUGGAUAUGGUGGCCCUCUCUGGACUGAGUGCAGGGAGAAGAAUCUUGAAUGGUACCAUGGGCAUCCGGUUAGCCAGCUGCUGUACAUGGUGCGGUCAAUUUAUGAUCUCGGACAAGAUACAAUUUUCCGAGAAAAGAAAAUACCGCCUGGGCCACGUCCACGGCCUCUGUAUCUAAGUACUGCAGAGCAGAUCGGUAUCCUACCAUCACCUGGUGUGCCAAGCUUGCUGAAGGCUCUGUUUCCGGUUCAUACUGAGGGCCUUUGUGUAAAGUACGGUCUAUACGAGUUUGUGGUGAUGCCUUUCGGUCUUUGCAAUGCUCCUGGCACCUUUCAGCACGCGAUGAACCGGAUAUUUCAUGACUACAUGGACAAGUUUGUCAUCGUGUACCUCGAUGGCGUACUUAUCUUUCGUAGGACUGUCAAGGAGCACGUAGCGCAUUUCGACAAAGUCCUUAGCUUCCUCAGACAACACCAGUUCAAGAUUAAUCGGGAGAAGCGUGAGUUUGGCCGCACCUGGAUCUUGUACCUGGGUCAUGAGAUUUCCGCGGAGGGUUUGAAGCCCGAUGACGCGAAGGUGGCCAGCUUUCGUGACUGGCCGCGUCCUCAGUCUGUGACUGAGAUGAGGUCCUUCUUAGGGAUGACAGGCUACUACCGCAACUUCGUUCAAAAUUAUAGCAUAGUGGCCGCCCCUUUGACAGACCUGACAUGCCUUGACACCCCAUGGGAGUGGACGGACAGAUUUUCUCGGUGCGGCACUGAAUUUGGGCUUGCAGACGAUGUUACUCAGUCGUUGGUGGAAGCCUAUCGCGAGGACCCGUUCAUGUCAGAGGUCAUACGCAGACUCGAGGCGAAAGACAAAACUACGUCUGAAGAGUUUGAGUUGAUCAAUGGCCUGCUGUUCCUUGAGAAGGCCUGGAAUAAACGUCUGUGUGUGCCUAAUCGGGAGUCUUUGCGUAGUUUAUUUUUAGGCGAAUGUCACGAUGCCACUAGACAUUUUGGGUAUAGGAAGACUGCAGCAAAUCUGUUGCAGCGAUUCUGGUGGCCCACAAUGAUGAAGGAUGCAAAGCUGUACGUGGAAACUUGUCAGGUGUGCCAGAGAGAUAAGCCACAUGCACAGGCCCCUCUUGGGCUUCUUAAGCCCCUUCCGGUUCUGGAAGGCCCUGGUGAGAGCCUGUCUAUGGAUUUCAUGGACAUGCUAGUCACCAGCAAGAGCGGAAUGAGACAUGUCUAUGUCAUUGUGGAUAGGUUUAGAAAGUAUGCUAGAUUAAUAGCAAUGCCUGCUACAGCUAAGACCAAGUAUGUGAUCAAGCUGUUCAAAGAGAACUUUGGGCUUCCAAAGUCUAUUGUGAGUGACAGGGAUGUCAGAUUCACCAGUGAUUUGUGGAAGGCUGCAGCUGCAGAACAGGGAACACAGCUGCAGAUGACUUCUGGGAACCACCCAGAGGCAAAUGGGCAAGCAGAGCAGCUAAACUGCACUGUACAACACCUGUUGUGGCAUUACAUUAAGCCCAAUCAGGUGGACUGGGAUGAGAAACUCGCUCUCAUCGCCAGCCUGUACAAUAACGCUGUGGACAGCGCCACUGGGGUAAGCCCUAACAGCCUGCUACUGACUUUCAAGCCUAGACUGCCCCUAGGCUUUUUACUACCUGAUAACCAGCUAACUGCUGCACUGGGCACACUUGAAUUUGCUUAUCGUUAUGAACAACUGAUGCAGCAGGCAGUAGAACAGAUGCAUAAGGCACAAGCGGCAAUGAUAGAGUCUGAGAACAAACACCGCCGCCCAUCUACAUUUCAGGUAGGGGACAGAGUCUGGGUAAAGUCGUCAGAACUGGGACAGGAGCACGGGAUCUCCCGCAAGCUCAUGCCACAGUACUUUGGACCAUGGGAGGUUCUAGAUGUUGUUGGGGAAGAUCCGGAUGGGCCAUCUUAUGUAAUCCGGAUCCCUGGUCAUCUNCAUGGGAGGUAUCUGGAGCAGCUUUUGCUAAACCCACCUCCUUUCACCAUAGCGAUGUCCAUUCAAGAAGACCAGCGGAUUGUUGUCUGUUACCCAUCGGAAUUGGCUUCGACCAAGGAGGAAGUGCCGCCACCGCUUGAGCAAGUGGACGAAGGCGAGGAGCUCCUUGCGUCCAUCAUCAAUGGAGUGCAUAACGGGCACUUUCUUGCUGAAGUACUCGAUCGGGUUCUAGUCCACGCCAUCGUGUUCGGUAAGAUCACCACCUCGUAUACUAAAGAGCAAGAAGAGAAAGUCGCCGCCCUCCUAAGAGAGAAGGAGAAGAGGGAGCUGAUUAAGCAAGCGAAGAUGCUGGCCUUAAUGGAGGAGCAAAAGGCCAAGCAGAAGCAAAUGGAGGAGGAACCUCAAAAGUGGAAAAAGGAGCAAGAGGAGAAAUUGGCAGCAAUAGAGUCAGAAACAGAAGAAAAAGAGGAGGAGAUACCACUGGUCAAGAGAGGAAGGACAAAAGAGAGAGGGGAAUCCAGUGGGGCACGAGAGGCCGAAGCCAAGAUGGAGGCGGAAGCUAAGAUGGAGAAAAUGGUGAACGAAUGGGUAGCUAACUUGGCCCUGGGGGAGGAGGAUGAAGCAUUGUUGUUUGUCCCUCAGGUAGAGCGGGAACAAUUUGCUAGGGAAUUGGAGGGUGAAGAGAAUCCCAUGAAGCGGCAGGCGAUGGAGGAGCAGAAAAAGUUAGAGUGGAAACUCCGCCUUGCUCGCGAGAGGAAGAGGAGAUUGGAGGCGGCCGAGAAAAUGGAAAGGGAUUUGAGGGCCGCUGAAGUAGAAAAUGGGAGAUCUCCAAAAGAAGGUGGAGAUCGUAUCACAGAGCGUGGAGGUGAUGUUGAAGGCGCAACAAGAACAAAGUUUUGCGUGGGCGCCAUUGAAGGCGCCAAGAUAGUGGGCCCUAAAGAGGAAGAGGCCCAACCACGUAGAGAGCCCGUUAAAGUGAAUUUCCCUGAUUCCUACAGCGGGAAGAAGGAGGAGAACUUCGAUAAAUGGGAGGCAAACGUGAACUCUUAUGUUCACCUCCAGAAGAUAGCUCAUGAGGAACAUGUCCUCAUUGCCUUCCAUGCCCUUAAAGACGAAGCAGCUAGCUUCGCCAGAUCGCUUUGCCGUGCUGCCAAGUGCGAGAACGAUAUGGUCGCGUAUUCUCUAAUCACCCCCCUGAGUGAUUUCCUUAAGCUACUACGUGAGAGAUUCGCGGAUGUCACGCGAAGUGCUAGAGCUUCCGACAAACUGCAAACGAUCCAUUCUCGCCAACGGAGGAGUGCCAGGGCACUCAAGGGUGUCAUGGAUGAGUUAGUAGCGGUCCCUGACCAUGGGGUCACUGAGACCCAGCUGGUCCAACUGUUUUAUCGUGCCAUGCCCGAACCGUUGCGCGGGCAUUUCUGUGAGAAGAGUAGAGAGUCUGCCAUGACCUACGAUACUUUGAGUAGGGAGGUGGUAGCAUUUGAGGCGCGGUCCAUGCCAGUUUCCACUUUCAGGCAUAAGGACCUUGAUGAGGGCAAGAAGUGGAAAGGCUGCACCAUCUCGGGUCAGGUUAAGGGCAAGGAUCACCUGAUCCUUACUCUAGAUGAGGGCGGCAUGGAAGAGGUCCCAUAUGAUCAGAUAGAGUGGGGCCUGGAGGAAGAAGAUAGUGGUGUUAGUCAGGGGAGGACUUACGCCGUUGUCACGGCCGGAGGGAAGCUGCAAGGAAGGGGAGGAGGACGGGGCCAAGGGGGCCAGGCUUCCGGUGGUCGAGGACAGGGCGAUCAGGGGGUUGGCGGGAGAGGAAACCGACAAGCGGGAGGUGCAUGCCAAGAGAUCUCUUGCUUUGAAGAUCCAGUGCCUGACAUGCAGUGCACCUCUCCUUCAAAGCUGUACAAGCUUAUCAGUGCCAGGGAGGCAAAUUAUAUUGUGUUUGCUAGAAUGAAGGAAAUGGCAGAGGAUGUGGCAAGGAUGGAAGAUGAUCAUCAGCUUUUGAAGAUUGCUGAACACAUUAUGGAUCCGGUUCGUCUCGAGACUGGUCUGCAACAGUAUCGAUGUUUCCAUGAGCUGGUGCGUAUGAUAUACACUCCCAUUGAUUUCAGUGCAGAUGCUGGGGCUUCCAGCAGUGCACCCUCUAGCCGCCAACUGGAGCAACGCGUUGACCACGUAGUGGCAAUGCUCGGCGACAUCAGAACCUUCGUUGCGCCGACCACCAUCAGCAGUCAACUGCAUACCUUGAAGACCGAAGUCCAGCAGUUGCAGUCGACGAACGCGGAUGACAAUCCGAAGAUGUACAAGAUGCCAACUUUCCAACAGGACAAGUUCGACGACUACACGCAGCAGGAUCCGGUCCUCUGGUGGGAAGCAUUCACAACGCAACUCAGGAUUCUGCCCGUAGCCAAGCAUGCGUACAUCGGCGCCCUGUUCCUGAACUCAAAGGGUGGAUGCCAGACCUGGUUGAUCCACCUGGCAACCUCUCACGGCGUCGACGUACCGGACUUGAAGGGCAAGAUCACAUGGGAGGAACUGACACGGUUGUGGAAGAAACGGUUCACCGUCGACGACGCGCCGGCACUCGCCAUCAACCGUCUGUUCACCAUGUCACAGGGCAACACUGCAACACGGGAUUGGCUCACGGAGUGGCAGAAGAUUGCGGCAGUGCCCAAUCUGGACUUGCCAUUCACGCAUCUCMGMCGUGAGUUCUACAACAGGUCCUGUGCUGCAUUGAGCCAGGCUCUUGGUGAUCGCGAGCAGUACUCCACUUUCGCCGAGAUUAUCGACAAGGCGAGAGAGAUCGUCAAGACCAACAGGUCAGUUGCACACGAGAAGUCAACAUGGCAGCCGACCUAUGUGGAGAAGGCACGAACUAGUCCGCGACAGCAGCACUUCGCUGCAGUCCAGUCGGACAGUGGAGAUAACCCAACAGCCACUCCAGCAUCAAGUGACGGAGAUCAGGUGGCUGUUGUCCAGCCGCGAAGCAACAACAAGUCCCGCAACAAUGGGAAGGCGAAAUCCGCAUCGCAGGCCAGAAAUGGAUAGCCAGUACAAGCUCCAUGGGUCAAGUUCAGCUUGACCGAGGCGGAGUACAAGGUCCACGGCCGCUACGGCAG